AUGACCAAUAAAUUCUUUAUCUAUUCACUAUUCAUAUUUUUCGGUAUUGGAACGGGGGUAGAUUUAAAUGGGAUUUGGACUGAACUUCCAUUAAUCGUCCCAAGGGUACCUGAGCAUUCCUCUGUAUCAUCACAAAUGGGUAUGUUGUCAGAUGUAGCUAAUGUGGCUCCGUUGUUCAUUGCAUUAAUACAUCGUUUAACACAUGGAUCCUCAUCCUACGAAGUUCCGGCUAUUAUACUCAUCUAUAGUGUUUACAUUUGUAUGCCGUUUUUACUUUCAUUUACCUGGUUUAAAACGUUGUAUUUCAUUGGACAACAACGUAGUAUUUAUUUGUUAGUUUGUACAUUUUGUGUCGCUCUUGGCGCUUGUUCAAUCAACGUGACCUUUUUACCGUUUCUUAACCGUUUCGAUAAAUACUGGUUGAAUGUUUAUUUUGCUGGUGAAUCUUUAUCAUCAUUAGUACCGGCUCUACUUGGACUUAUUCAAGGUGUUCCCAAACAACCUAACUGCACAACAUUUUAUGAUGAAACAAAAAACCAAACACGAACCGAAGCAGAGCAUUUCGCACCACUAUUUACCGUUGAAAUUUAUUUUCUAUGUUUAUCAGCCAUAAUGUGCUUAUCAUUAACUGCGUUUCUUAUUCUAUGGCGAGGAAUAGUACCAACGUCAAAACAGCAAGGAUACAUAAAUCUCAGUGUGAAGCAGAUUACAGAGCACGAUUCAUCACCACAAAAGCCUUUAUGCAAUAUAACAGAGACUUCUUCUCAUAAUGUUACACAAAAUAAUGAAAAGUUUACGCGAGAAGCAAUUAUUUGUUUAAUAGCCACCCUAUGGUCAAAUUUUAUCUUAUUAGGCUGUAUGCCAUCAAUUACUUCCUAUGCUUUAAAUCCAUAUGGUACACGUACAUAUCACUAUAUAAUUAUUCUAUGUGAAUUUUGUUAUCCAUUUGUUAGUUUAGUGUCUAUGUUGAAACCUAAACUGUUUCAAUUAAGGUCGUUAUCACUAACACUUGUCGUUUGCUUUAGCACAAUUAUGGGAACAUCUGCAUUUGCCUAUAUUUUUGUCGCAGCUAAAAUGGCACCCUGCUCACCACUGGUCGAUUAUCUGUCUGGAAAAAUUCUUAUUGUUCGUUAUUUCAUCCUGAAACGAGAGAAUGAUUCAGUUAUUCAAAGAAAUCCUCCGCCCUUGCUUUCAUCGAAUGUCCUUGGUGGACGACUAUAG